UCGCCGCAGGGCUCUGUGGGCAAAUUGUGCGAAUUUUAAGCAUCAUUUACGUUCAUGUUGUUGCUAACAACUUUUUAGUGGCAUUUAUUUUUCGCGUUGAUUUGAAAGAAGAUAUAAUAUUUAAACAAAAUGCCUAAAACUAAAAAAGAUGUUUCUACCAGCGAUAGUGACUCUGGACCAGAAGAUAGACAUCCUCCGGCCAAGAAAUCUAAAGAGACUUCGGACAAAAAUUCCAAAAGUAGUAAGGAUGACGGUGCCGAUACAACUUAUUGGGUUUUGGAGAAACAGCGCCAGGUGCGAAUUAAUGAGUUUAAAGGACGCAAAUAUGUAGACAUACGCGAGUUUUAUGAGAAAAAUGGCGAAAGUCUGCCGGGCAAAAAGGGUAUUUCAUUAACGUUGCAACAAUGGAAGAAAUUGCUCGAAGUGGCCGACGAAGUAACUCGAGCCGUAGAGCGCGAUUAAAUUGUUUUUUCUUUUAGUUUUUGUAAAUGCUUCAAAUUAAAUAAACUUGUUUCUUUUUUUUAAUAAAA